UCACUUUUGUCUGUUGAGUUUAUGGGGUCAGUAAGGACAGCUGGGGUCAGGGAAGGUCCACAGAGCUGUUGCAGCCUUCCCUGUACCCAAGCAAGAACUGGAGUAAUGAAGCAGACAGCUUCUCUUUUAGUGGACAUGUGGAGGUAAUGUCACUUUCAAACUCAAUACCGAAUGAAACUAGAACACCCCUCAAACAACACAAGAAAAUAUAGACGACGUGAAAUGUUUGCUAACAUGUACAGCAUUGAACAUGUGCCGGGUUUUUUUUGUUUUUUUUUUUACAAGGCCGCAUCCAAUCUCUCUUCCUUCAAAAGGGGUUUGGUUUUAGACACGCCUCAGAAGCUUGGCAGAGUUAAAAAAGACAGAAAUUGCAUAAAAACACUUCUGUGGUGUAAUUAGAGAACUUUUUUUUUUGCUGAAACGUGUACAAACAUGUAAUAAGAAGGUAUAUUCCAACAAGCAUGGGUGAUUAGGCUUCAUUUGGAUGCUUUUUGCUUGCUGUGAUGAGCGAGUGUUCCAAAGAACAGCAGUCGCUCAGAUCGAAGACCAACCGUGUCUGGGAUUAUGUGUCAAUUUACCACCCAGCUGUAACUCUACACCCCACAGCAGAGCAUGACUACUUCUAAUUAGGCCAUGCUACCAAUUAGGACCUCUGCAAUAAGGCAACGAGAAAAGCUCUGGGAGAGUAAAGCCUGCUAUUGUUGCCACUGUGAAAAGUCUCCUACUAACAGCUGCUGGUAGAUGGAAACCAUGUCAACCAAACUCCCACUGAAGUAUCUGCGGCAGUUUACCUUGGCAGGUCAAAAUGCUAACUCAGUCAAAUAUAAGUCCAAACAGGAAAUGAAGUCGCUGCAGGAGAAGACACAAAUAAUGAGUCCAAAUCGAUGCUUUAAACUCUUAUUGUCAUCCCGCAGGUGGCAUGGGUCAGUUCCCCAUCACUCAGAAUGUGACGGUGGUGGAGGGGGCCACAGCGAACAUGACCUGCCGUGUGGAUUACAAUGAUAACACUUCCCUCCAGUGGUCAAACCCUGCACAACAAACGCUUUUCUUUGGGGACAAGAAAGCUCUGAGGGAUCACAGAAUUGAGCUGCUGCGAGCCACGUCACAGGAGCUCACCAUCAGAAUUGGCGACGUCAGCCUGUCAGAUGAAGGACUGUACACCUGCUCGCUCUUCACCAUGCCUGUCAAGACGACCAAGGCCUUCCUCACUGUUCUGGGGGUGCCACGGCGACCAGAAAUCACAGGAUUCACCAAGCCAGCCAUGGAGGGGGAAGAAAUCACUCUGACAUGCAGCACGACAGGCAGCAAACCAGCUGCCAACAUCCGGUGGUUCCGAAAUGACAAGGAGGUCCAAGGCACUCAGGAGGUGAAUGCAACAGGAAAGUCAUUUACCGUGAAGAGCAGCCUUAAGUUCUUAGUGGACAAACGAGAUGAUGGUGUGGCCUACACCUGCGGCGUGGAGCACGUGUCUCUGUCCAGUCCCUACACCACAACAGAGGUCCUGGAGAUCCACUACGCUCCCCAUGUGGAGAUUACACAUUCCCUGAUUAUCCCACAGGAAGGACAAUACUUUAAAUUGGAGUGUAUUUCCAAAGGCAACCCAAGACCUGAACCGGUGCUGUGGUUCAAAGAUGGAGGAGACUUGCCUGACAUUGAGCGGAUGAUUGUGGAGGGAAGAGAACUCACCAUAACCACGCUGAACAAGACAGACAACGGCACAUACCGCUGUGAGGCCAGCAACCACGUGGGGACCAGCUCGGCUGAAUAUACCCUGUUUGUUUAUGCCAAAGACUUUCAAGGCCCCACAACAGAUCCAAAUGCUUUAGGGCAGCAUGGACCCGACCAUGCUUUGAUCGGUGGUGUCGUUGCAGUCGUGGUCUUCAUCACCUUGUGUCUGAUAAUAGUUGUUGGACGGUAUCUGGCUAGACAUAAAGGAACGUAUCUGACGCACGAGGCCAAAGGAGCAGAAGACGCCCCCGAUGCCGACACAGCUAUCAUCAACGCUGAGGGAAACCAUGUGCAUGCAGAGGAAAAGAAAGAGUAUUUCAUUUAGACUUGUUGCCAUUUUUCCUUCGUUCCAACCUUCAACAGCAGACAUGCAAUUUUAAGCUGCCUCAGCAUCGCAACAUAACCUAUUUUAUUUUGCAGUUUUUUCUCUCUCUUUUCCAAAAAGCUCCAGCUUUCUGCUUGUUUUUUAAAGCAUUCAAUGACGAGAUCGUUUCUCCUUUUGUAACUGACACAAACCGCAUACCAUUGGACUACAUCUCUUUCUAUUUUUGGUGCCUAAAUGAUAUUUGUUUUUGUUUUUUUCUGCAGUUUGCUUCUUCUUCUUAUUGACUCUCCUCUCUUUUUGGUGGAUUUUUUUUCUUUCUCUGAAACAACAAAUAUGCUUCGUAUCAACGCGUAGUGGAGUUUUGAAAGCAGUUUGUGUGAAAUGAAUCCAAAUGAUCUUUUAGCAGCUUAAACAGAUGUGUUUGAUAACACUUGGAGUCAUCCCACACAUAUAUCAUAACACACACCAGACAUUUCUUGGAAAAAUUUUGAAGCACAGUCUUUGCGAUUGUCCUGAGAUGAAACCAACUCCCAUUUUCCAACUGUUUAUUCCCGCCUCUUUUCUUUCCCCAAUUCUUGCCCCCGAAUGUUGUUUUCUACUGAUAGAAAAGUUAGAAAAUUAAAGCACAAAGUCUGAGGACUAACAUUGAGGGGAACCACAGCAACCGUUUCUUGUCUCAGGAUUCAAUACGAGUCUAAAAGGAAAGACAGAGUGACAACGAUUUCAGUCACUGUCAUGGAUGGAAAACUUUGAUUUUGUUGAUUACUUGAUGUAAGAUCCAAACCGAAUGACUGGAACUCUGCAAGGGUUCAUUAUUUAUGUUGAAUUUUAUUGAAAAACUAUGCUUAAUGUGUUGAUAUUGCUGUAAAAAACGUUGCUUAUGUGAACACUGGUGAUCAGUAUUGUUGAAUCUUUGAAUCCCUGACACAUCUCAGUUUGUAUAUUAGCUUAUACUGUAUUUAAUACAUUCAAAAUGUUUGUUUCCAUUAAUAUUCCAGGUUGAUUUUUCUUUUCAACAAGGUAUUUAAAUAUAUAAUUUCAGUAAAUAAAUAAAAAAAGAACUUCUGGCUGUUACUUUUAAUUUCAUUUCAUAUCUUAUUUUGAAAAUCUUCAUACAUUUGGAGAUUUCUUCAAAUGGGGAUUCUAAUGAGUUACUUAAAAAGGCAUAAAAAGCAAACAAAAAAUAUAACUAAAUAUAUGUAUUAAUCAUUAUGACCGAUUGACAUUCAUGAUAUAUUAAUUGAUAUUGUUGUUAAUACUACAGUAGUUGUUCAACAAAGUUUUUCAUUUUUUAAAUUCUGUACCUCAUCAAUAAAAAAGAGAACAACACAGUUCAAGGAUCACCGUUAUGGCCUUUGAGUUUGCUGCAAACAGUCCUGACAUGUUGAGGCAUUGGUGAAUCAGACAUCCCUCCACUGUAUAUAAUCACUGUAUCAAAGACUUUGAACCACAUUGCCAAUGCUCAUACAUGUUACUUUGGUAGUUCAGUAUGAUGCUAUAAAUAACUCAUUUUGUACAAAGGUUUAAUUGCUGUAAUUAAGUUGCUUUUUAUGGAGGAUGUGUGACAUUUUUUCUCAGUAUUGAAUAUUCAUUUUUCAACUAUGCCACUGUAAAAAAAAAAAAAGAAAGAGUUCAGAUUAAAAUAAUAAUGACUUAAAAACUGCCA